AUGUCGGAAGUGGAGACCCUCGUUCACUGCUUUGAUGUGAGUCCCAGCUUCUCCGUGCCUAACUUCCAGCACGGUGACCCCUCCCCACACCCUCCCCUGGAUCUUAACGAUGCAAGUCCGGCCAUCUGGGUGCAGACGGGUGCCCGGGUUGCACUCGCAAAUAUUGAUGAGUGUCAGGUCUAUAAUGGGGGCUGCCAGCACCGAUGUGUCAACACCAGGGGCUCGUACUACUGCGAGUGCAACCCGGGCACCCGUCUGCACACAGAUGGCCGGACUUGCAUCGCCGUCCGAUCCUGUGCCGUCAGCAAUGGAAGCUGUGAGCAGAACUGUGUGCAGCUGUCCCCGGCUCACUACCAGUGUCGCUGCAGACCCAACUAUCAGCUCGCAGAGGACGGCAAACACUGCAUAUUAAGAAGCCCCUGUGCAGACAGAAAUGGGGGCUGUAUGCACACCUGCAAGAAUGACGGAGGGAGAGCUCAGUGCAACUGUCUUCCUGGAUACACACUGGCACAGYAUGGCAAAAACUGUGAAGACAUUGAUGAGUGUGAGACCGACCAAGCUGCUUGUGCCCACGGUUGCCAUAACACCCAGGGCUCCUUCACCUGUGUCUGUAACCCAGCGUACGAGCUGGGUGCCGAUGGCAGGAAAUGCUAUCGAAUCGAGAUGGAGAUCGUGAAUGGUUGUGAGACUGCCAACGGAGGCUGUUCCCAAAAGUGCCAACAGUCCACCCUCGGACCUGUCUGCAGCUGUCACCACGGUUACCACCUGGACGACGACCUCAGGACAUGUGUGGACUUGGACGAGUGUGAGGUGGGAAGCUCGUGCUGCGAGCAGGACUGUACCAACUAUCCCGGGGGCUACGAAUGCUACUGCGGGGCUGGCUACCGUCUCAAUUCGGAUGGGUGUGGCUGUGAUGAUGUGGAUGAGUGUCUGGUAGACAACGGAGGCUGUGACCAUACCUGCCAGAACACAGCCGGCUCCUURCAGUGCUACUGUCACCUAGGACACCGGCUAGAUGAGGACCGUGUCUCUUGUAUUCCCCUGGAGGGGGCAGUAGAGGCGUUGGAGUGGAGCAGCCYCAUCGCAGUGGAGCGCCCUCUGCCCCAGAUAACCCUGCUGAGGGACUACUUCCAGCCGCUGGAGCGUUAUGAUGACUACGACGAGGACAGCCUGGGAGAGCUGCGGGCCCAGAGCACCCUCACCCAGACCUUUGUGUGUCUAAACAACACGUUUGGUUACGACUGCAGCCUGACGUGUGACGACUGUUCCAACGGUGGCGUGUGUGACAUGGAGGGCCACUGUGACUGUCCUGAUGGGUGGACAGGCGUUGUCUGCAACCAGACUUGUCCAGAGGGUACCUUUGGCAGGAACUGCUCCUUCAGCUGUAAGUGUAAGAAUGGUGCCACCUGUGACCCUGUGAACGGGCACUGCCGCUGCCCGCCUGGCAUCAGUGGGGACAUGUGCCAGGAUGGCUGUCCUAAGGGCCUGUAUGGGAAACUUUGCAAUAAGAAGUGUAACUGUGCCAAUAACGGGCGCUGCCAUCGCACCUAUGGAGCCUGCCUGUGUGAUCCUGGGCUGUACGGGCGCUUCUGUCAUCUAACGUGUCCUAAGUGGGCGUACGGCCCUGGCUGCUCGGAGGAGUGCCAGUGUGUCCAACAGAACACCCUAGAGUGCCACCGCAACCAUGGCUCCUGUGUCUGCAAACCAGGCUACCAGGGCAAGAACUGCCAGGAGGAGUGUAAUAGAGGAUACUAUGGCCUGGCCUGCAAGAGGACAUGUCAGUGUCCAUCUGGGGUACCCUGUGAUCAUGUGACAGGGGAGUGUCUGAGCCAGUGCCCACCUGGCUUCCAUGGGGACAACUGUGACCUAGACUGUCCAGAGGGUUACUACGGGGCUGGAUGUAACCAAUCGUGCCACUGUUCUGGCUCCCCAUGUGACAACAUGACAGGACAGUGUCACUGUCUUGCCGGMAUGAAGGGACAGCACUGUGAAACUGAGUGUGAGGAGGGUCGUUGGGGUGUGGGCUGCUCAGGCUCCUGUCCCCACUGUCAGAACAGGGGAGUGUGUGACAAACACAAUGGAGUGUGUUGCUGUCAACCUGGAUACAUGGGCACCUUGUGUCAGAGCACCUGCCCGGUGGGUAGAUUUGGCCUGGGUUGUCGGCUACGUUGUUUGUGUGAUAACGGUGGGCGCUGCCACCCAGUGACGGGCAACUGUGCCUGUCCUGUAGGAUGGACUGGACCCAGCUGCAGCAGAGCAUGUGAUGCCGGGCGCUGGGGGGCGGACUGUGCUAACAUGUGUGAGUGCCCGGGCAGCGAUGGCAGCUGUGACCUCAUCACGGGGCAAUGUCGCUGUGAGGCGGGCUACACGGGACCCCGCUGCCAACAGAAGUGCCCAGAAGGCUCCUUUGGCAUAGGCUGCAGACACAGGUGCCAAUGUGCCAAUGAGGCAGCCUGUGAGCAUGUUAGUGGAGCCUGCACCUGCCUCACUGGUUGGACCGGCACAUACUGUGAAAAAUCAUGUCCCGAUGGCUUCCAUGGGCUGGAGUGUCAGCAGCAGUGUCAGUGCUCUAACGGGGGCCGAUGUGACCACCUGACGGGUGCCUGCCACUGUCCAGACGGCUGGGUCGGAUCACAAUGCAACAUCACAUGCCAGGCAGGGUGGUUUGGCCAUGGGUGUGAACACACCUGUGAAUGCCGUAAUAAUGCCACCUGUGACCCUGUGAGUGGGCAGUGCCAGUGUACGCCAGGGUGGAUCGGCCCCAGCUGUGAGAAAGAAUGUGUAGAAGGCUUUUAUGGACAAGACUGCCAUCAUCACUGCCUAUGUCACAACGGAGGGGUGUGUGAUCAGUUCUCUGGGCGCUGCUCGUGCUCCAGCGGAUGGACUGGGGCAGCCUGCGAACUGGAGUGUGCCCAUGGCUGGUUUGGGGUGGACUGUGCUCAGCCCUGUGAGUGUUUGAAUGGCGGUGUAUGUGACCGUCGCAUUGGAGAGUGCAGCUGUGGCCCAGGCUGGGUAGGACAGCACUGUCAGACAGCGUGUGAGGCUGGCCUGUUUGGCCCAGGGUGUGAGGAGCGGUGUCGAUGUAGCCAUGGGGAUGUGUGUGACCAAGUCAGCGGUGUGUGUUUGUGUCCUCCUGGCUGGAGGGGACCCAAGUGUGACAGAGCCUGUUUACCUGGCUCCUAUGGGAAUGACUGUCUGAGCUACUGUAACUGUCCCCACGGCACUUCCUGUAACCAUGUGUCUGGCAAAUGUGGCUGUCCCCCUGGAUUCACUGGCAAUGGCUGUGAGCAAAUAUGCCAACCUGGCACGUAUGGGCUGAACUGUAACCAGGUGUGCCAGUGCUCUGGCACCAACCAGCUGUGCCACCCUGUCACCGGCCUCUGCUUCUGCGCCCCGGGUUACCAUGGCAACAACUGUGAUCAAGGCAACCACCCCACACACAUACACAGACAGACACACACUUCCUUAACCAAUGUCACAAAGGAAUUCCACUGUUGA